UAUCCGGUGAGUUUGUAGAUCUGCGUUUCCGCGAAGUCUCAUGUGACUGUCUCUUUUUCCUCGGUAGUGAAAAACAGAAGCACAGCUCAUUUAUUGUGUUGCCGGUAAACGAUGUGACACAAUUCUUCCAGUCUUUCUUGUUUCUUGUUGUUUUACUUUCACCACAACGCGCCGGGCUGCCUUUAAACAAGUGUCUGCUGGUGUAAAACCCUUCACAAGUCCCUCCACAGUGCUGCUCGGCUCGCCUCAACCUGGCCUUCCUGAUGUUCUUCGGCUUCUCUGUGGUCUACGGCCUGCGGGUCAACCUCAGUGUCGCCAUGGUGGCCAUGGUGAACUCCACUGACCCCAAACCAGCCCAGAACAGCUCCGUAUUCCACGCCUGUCCGAUGCCACCGGGGAUGGAAAACGCCAGUGAUACUUUCCCACAACCUGAGGGGAUCCCUCAGUACCCGUGGAACUCGGAGACUCAGGGCUGGCUGCUGGGGGCCUUCUUCUUCGGCUACCUGUGCACACAGAUCCCAGGGGGCUACCUGUCCGGUCACUACGGGGGGAAGGUGUUCCUGGGUGUGGGUGUUCUGGGCACCGCGGCCCUCACUCUGCUCACCCCCCUGGCUGCACAGCUGGGCUCAUACUGGCUGUUUGCACUGCGAGCGCUGGAGGGCUUUGGAGAGGGUGUGACGUUCCCGGCCAUGAUGGCGAUGUGGGCUCGGUGGGCUCCUCCUCUGGAGCGCUCUCGUCUGAUGACCCUGUCGGGAUCUGGGGCCAACUUUGGGGCCUUUUUGGCUCUGCCGCUCACCGGCUACAUCUGCCAGACUUUAGGUUGGCCCGCUGUCUUCUACAUCUGUGGAGGUGCUGGUUGCCUCUGGGCAGUCUUUUGGUUUAUUUUUGUGUCAGAUGAUCCUCGCACCGAUCCUCGAAUCAGCAAAGAGGAGAGAGAUUACAUCAUAAACUCCAUUGGACCUCAGGGUACAGGUCAUGGCUGGUCCGUGCCCCUGGUGCCCAUGCUGCUGUCGGUCCCUCUGUGGGCCAUCAUAGUGACCCAGAUGUGUUCAAACUGGUCCUACUACACCCUGCUCACCUCCCUGCCCACCUACAUGAACAACAUCAUGCAUUUUGACCUCAAAUCGAACGGUUUCCUCUCUGCUCUGCCGUACCUCGGUGCCUGGUUGUUAUCGGCGCUCUCGGGUGUUGUAGCCGACCUCCUCAUCGAGAGGAGGUUGUUAAGCGUCACCACCGUUCGUAAGCUCUUCACAAUCCUGGGUCUGUUGCCGCCGGCAGCUUUCCUCGUAGCUGUGAGUUACGCCGGCUGCAGCCACAUCCUCACCGUCACCUUCCUCACACUCUCCACAACCGUAGGAGGGAUCAGCGCCUCCGGAGUCUUCAUCAACCAGAUAGACAUCGCUCCGCGGUAUGCAGGAUUCCUUCUGGGAAUCACCAACACAUUCGGGACCGUUCCUGGAGUCGUGGCACCUAUUGUUGCAGGAUACUUCACUAAGGAUCACACCCUGGCGGGCUGGAGGAAGGUGUUCUGGGUGGCAGCGGGGAUCAACGUCGGCGGUGCUCUCAUCUACACUAUAUUUGGCAGCGGGAAGAUCCAACCAUGGGCCGUCACAGAGGAGGAGAGGGCCGAGGCCGAGAAGAAGAGGAGCAGGUCCAUCUCCAUAUAAAACAUAUAAAUAUGCAACAAAUGCAUCCAUUAAACAAAAAAGUGGCUUUAAGAGACAUUUGAACUCAUUGUACUAAUGGAGAUUUUAGGGGUCUAUCUUUUGUAUAUUGAUGUAUAAAAUAUACAUAUGUGCAGUAUUCACACUUAAAUAUUAAUGUGAGAGGUGUAUCUACAGGAUAAUGUAACAUUUAUAUCAUUGGACCAGGGCAGUUUUUAUCAAGAGUAAUUUAGAUGUUUUGGUUUCUACAGUGUUUGCAUAGUUUUUAUCAAUAAUAUGAGCCUGUGUUUCUGUUUGGGGACAGUUUAAACCCGUUUUAUGAACAUUUUUUAAAGUAGCGUGUGUGAACAGAUUUGCACUGAUGUUAAAGAAAAACAUGAUUCAACAUCUGCUGGAUAUUCACUGCCUUUACCAAAAUCAGGAAGUUGUGAUUAUGUUUACAGAAAGUAACAUUUACAUUAUAACCAGUUAUUAUAGUUAUUGUGUAAUACCUGGACUACACGGUGCCUCAGGUUAGACCAAAACAAAUCAACUUGUGAUCUUUUUAGUGUGUUUUUUAAGUUUUUCUUGUGAAGGAGAAUGGGACCGAAUGUUUUACGAACAAACCACACGCUUGAAGCUAAAGGAUUUUUAAAGUGUUUUGCUUUGAGUGCAGGUGAAUCUGUUUUCUGACCACUUCUAGGCUGUCCAGAAGGACCAAAAGAAGCACUUUUCACAUAUAAAAAUGCACCAAAAAAAGCCUUUUAAUUUAAUAACAGCAGUAUUCUGCAAAACAAUCUUUAUAGAAGAUUGUUUUAUUCAAUCUUUAGAAAGCUGCGGUACUUAAGUUUUAUCCAGGAAACCAAAGCACGUUCCACUGCCGGGAUCUGAAUAUUUUUAGUGCCACAAACUAUGACUUAACUUUUUGUGUGUAUUUUCAGUGUUUUUAAUUGUUUCUACAGUAUGAGAUUAUGCCUGUUUGUCAGUUACACAAUAUCUACAAUAAUUUUUUUUUUUUUAUAGAAACCCUUUUCAUCAAUUGCAAUGUCAAAGUUCACUGUGAUUGUAAAGAUAUGAUGUUUUUAAACGGAUGCAAUAAGUUAUUUUACCUUCACUGUGCUUUGAAUGUUUGUGACGUUGUACAUGUAUGUGAAAUAUAUGUCACUUUAUUAAUAUUGUGAAAAUAAUCAAGUUUGUUUUACUGAACAAAAACUAAAAUCUGAGACGUACGAGGGGAA